AUGGUUUUUCAAAGAGAAGGAUUACUAUCUUUCGCCGGACCCCAGCAUGAUGAAUCGCGCUCCUUGAUCACGGCUACUAAAAAAUGCAGAAACAUCACAACCGGCAAAGAUAGAAGUACUCAAAAUCAAGAAUUCUUCGAAUUCUUCAAUGAUUUCAACUCAGAGAUGUGCGCUGCGGAUGAUAUUUUCUUCGGUGGCAAGAUUCUUCCGUACAACAAUCCAAUUCUAUGUAAAACCAUCGAAGGAAAUCAGCCCUGGCCCACUUUUCAUAUGCGAUCGAAGCUGUUGGAUGUAUCGCAUGGGCCUCAUGCAGCGAGGCAUAGCUUUUCGGCCGAUUAUCAGAAAUUGGAACGGGUAUCGGGUUCAACCACACCGUCGACGCCAAUGCCGAAACGGGUAUCAGGUAGUAAGUGUAACGGAGACGGCGAUUUCUCGCCGCAGAAGGUUUCGAGGCCGAAAUGGUAUUUUCUGAUGUUUGGAUCGGUGACUGCACCGCCGGUCAAGAUGGAGAUGAACGAUAUACGGAGCCGAUUGAGGCGGCGGAGCCCGCCGGGCUCGAUAAUCGCCACACCAGAGUGUAACAGACGGCAGACGGUUUCCGUUAGUAGGGAGCCUGAAGGGAAGAGCUGUUGGAAGCUAUUACGUGUUUUGAGUUGCCAAGGCCAUGCAAACGCCGUUAUAACGCCGUCGUUGGGGUUGCACCCCGCACGUUUCAGAGCGGUUUGA